UGUUCCUUUUCUUUAAUCUAUUCCCCUCAAAUCCUACCUUCGUAAACGAAGACAUGGCAGAGCCCUUGGUUGGUGGGGCAUUUCUCUCUGCAUCACUUCAAGUUCUGUUCGAUAGGAUGGCCUCUCGAGAACUCCUGGAUUUCAUUAGAGGAAAGAAACUGGAAAAGGGGUUGGUGAAGAAAUUGAAGCCGAUGCUGAUGUCUGUUAAAUAAGUGUUGGAUGAUGCUGAAGACAAGCAGAUAACGAACCCAAAUGUCAAAGAUUGGGUUUCUGAGCUUAAAGAUGCUGUUUAUGACGCAGAAGACCUGUUCGAUGAAAUUGCAGCUGAAGCACUCCGAAUCAGGUUGGAAUCCCAGGAUCAAAUUGCUUCAACGAAGGUAAGUCGAAUUAUUUCCUCUUUCAAUCCUUUCAAUAGAGGCAUGGAUUCUAAGCUAGAAGACGUUCUUGAGAGAUUAGAAUCUCUUGUCUACCAAAAGGAUACUCUGGGUUUGAAAGAAUAUUAUAGAGGGGAGAAGGUAUUUCAAAGACCUGCUGCAACUUCUUUAGUGGAUGAAUCCAGUGUUUAUGGUAGAGACAAUGAAAAAGAAGCAAUAAUGAAGUUGUUGUGCUUGGAAAAUGCAAGUGGAAAUCAGUUAGAUGUGAUUCCAAUUGUGGGUAUGGGAGGGGUUGGUAAAACCACCCUUGCACAAUUGGUCUUCAAUGACAAGAGAGUGGAUGAGUGGUUUGACAUCAAAGCGUGGGUGUGUGUUUCGGAAGAAUUUGAUGCUUUGAGAGUAACCAAAACCUUACUUGAAGAGAUCACUUCUUGCUGUAUUGCGAGUCACAAUCUAAACCAGCUUCAACUUAAACUAAAAGAGGAGCUGUUGGGAAAGAAGUUUCUAUUCAUUUUGGAUGAUGUUUGGAACGAGAAGUAUGUUGAUUGGGAAGAGUUGAGAAGUCCUUUCAGUUUUGGGGCGAGAAACAGCAAGAUUGUUGUAACUACUCGCAGUGAAAACGUUGCAUCCAUUAUGAGUACGGUUCCUACUUAUCCUCUUAAUAUCUUAUCCGAUAAGGAUUGCUGGGAGUUAUUUGCAAAACAUGCAUUUGUUGAUACAAGCCCGAGCAUGCAUCCGAAUUUGAAGGUAGUUGGUGAAGCCAUUGCUAGAAGAUGCAAAGGCCUCCCUCUAGCGGCAAAAGCACUUGGAGGUCUUCUACGGUGUAAUCUGGAUGUUGAUGAAUGGAAUAAAAUAUCAAACAACAACUUGUGGGACAUAACAGAUGGUAUCCUUCCAGCUCUGAGAUUAAGUUAUUAUUAUCUUCCUUCACAUUUGAAGCGUUGCUUUGCAUAUUGUUCACUUUUUUCGAAAGACUAUGAGUUCAAGAAAGAAGAACUUGUCCGACUGUGGAUGGCUGAAGAUCUUUUGCUGCAUUUCAAUUCAAAAGAAGAGAUGGAAGAACAAGGUAAAGAGUACUUCAAAGAUUUAGCAUCGAGAUCUUUUUUUCACCAAUUAAGGGCAGAUAAACCUUGUUUUGUCAUGCACGACCUAAUCAGUGAUUUAGCUAAAUCUGUAGCUGGGGAGUUCUUUUGGAGAUUGGAAGGUUGUGAUAGUUUAUGUGCAAUAAAUCGAAAGGCACGUCAUUUAUCCAAUGUCCAAGAACAUUAUGAUGUGAGAAAGAAAUUUGAGACUUUACCUAAAGCCAAAGGCUUGCGUACAUUCCUGAGCAUAAAGUCAUUACCUGGGAAUUUUUAUGUUACCAAUGACAUAAUGCAUGAUUUGAUCGCCAAAUCGAGGUUACGGGUACUUUCUUUGGCCAACUAUUGCAAUAUCAAUGAAAUACCAAAAGAAAUUGGUAAGUUGAAGCAUCUGCGAAGUUUGAACCUCUCAGGAACUUCAAUUAAAAGUUUGCCAAAUUCUUUUAGUACAUUGUAUAAUUUGCAAAUGUUGACCUUGUUUCGUUGUAGUAAGCUUGUUGAGCAACCUAAAGACAUGGGGAGACUGAUUAAUAUGUAUUAUCUCAAUAUCAGUGGAACAGUAUUAGCAGGGAUGCCAAAAGGAAUGGGUCAGUUGAAAGAUCUUCGAACAUUAACAGAUUUUGUUAUAGGCGAGCAAAAUGGUUCAAGUAUUAAUGAGCUGGGAAAGCUAAAGAAUCUACAUGGAAGACUUGCCAUUUCAGGUUUAAAAAAUGUUGCAUUCGCAAGGGAUGCCAAAAAUGUCAAUUUGAAAGAUAAAAUGAAUCUUAAGGAGUUGGAAUUUCUAUGGAAGAAGCAUACUUAUGAUAGUGAAGCACUUGGGCAAUUUGAGAAUGAUAAAGAAGUGCUUCAACAACUGGAGCCUCAUACAAACUUGGAGAAUCUUCUAAUUGGGUUUUAUAGAGGUACGACAUUUCCAGAAUGGGUGGGACAUUCUUCAUUCUUAAAUAUAGUAUCUGUGCACUUAAGGGGUUGCAAAUUUUGCUUCUCCUUGCCACCGCUUGGGCAAUUGCCAUCUUUGAAAUCUCUCUCUAUUUCUGGAUUUAGUAAAGUAGUUACAGUCAGUGAUGAGUUCUACGGGAGUGAUCAGUCUUUGACUAAACCAUUUGGAUCUCUUGAAAUUCUAAGAUUUGAGGAUAUGCCGAUGUGGAAAGAGUGGUCUUGUUUAAAAGUCAAAGCAUUCUGCCUUCUGCAAGAGCUAAGCAUAACAGAUUGUCCCAUGCUAACGAAGAAUCUACCAGAACACCUCCCAUCUUUAACGAAACUGGAGCUAAGAAAUUGUGAGAAGCUUCGAAGCUUGCUUCCAAGGACAACUAGCAUUUGCCAACUUAAUUUACGGAGAUGUGAUGCACUACAAUUGGAGCCCUUGCCUUGUGGGCUUCGAAUGUUGCAAAUUCAAGAUUUGAAUAUUGAUGAUUCCAUGUUGGAGAAGAUGGUGCAACACUGCAGUCGUCUUGAAAAGUUAGCUAUGUUGGGUUGUUCUAAUCUCAGAACCCUUCCUGAAGGUAAGCUACCUGUUACUCUUAAAGAAUUGAACAUUGAAAGGUGUUCUGUUUUGGAUUGUUCGAAAACCCUCCUGUAUGCAUCCCUUGAAUCCUUGGUCAUAGAAGGCUGGUGUCAUAAACUGGAGUCUUUUCCAUUGGGCUCAAUUCCUAUGCUAAAUCGUGUUUCUAUUUGGGAAUGUGAAAGCUUGAAGUCAAUUCGUGCAUUAAAGGAUUCUCACCAGCAUCUCGCGUGUCUCAAUUAUUUGGAUAUCUACCAUUGCACUAAUUUUAUAUCUUUUCAAAUUGAAGAGGGAUUAUUUUUCACCAAUUUGACUUCACUUACACUUUGGAAUUGCAUGGCUUUAAAGUCAUUGCCUGAGCAAAUGCGCUCCCUCUUCCCAUCCCUUCAGCAUUUGUCGAUACGGUACUGUCCAGAAAUAGAGUCAUUUCCUGAAGAAGGUUUAUCCUCCAAAUUAAAAACUUUUGAAAUUGGAAGAUCCGACGAGUUAAUUGCAAGCAUGAUGAGGAGAGCAUGGGGUUUGCAAGGACUCCCUUCACUUACAGGUUUUGAACUCUCAGGUGCAGAAGUAGAGAUAGAGUGUUUUCCAGAUGAACAUAUGUUGCCCUCUUCUCUUACAUCUCUCACCAUCUCUGAUCUCCCGAACCUUAAGUUUUUGGACAAUAAGGCCUUUCAACACCUCACCUCUCUUCGUGAAUUGAUUAUUGACAGCUGUCCGGAGCUCCAAUCCAUGCCGGAAAAGAGUCUCCUUACCUCUCUUUCUCAUUUGUCCAUUAACAAUUGCCCCUUGCUGAGAAAACGUUGCAAAAAGGAGAAAGGCAAAGAUUGGUCCAACAUUUCCCACAUCUCUGUCAUUCACAAUCAUGGAGAACUCACUAUGUAGCAAGACUCCGAAGCCAUGUGACUUAAAUGUUUCAAUUUGCCAUUAUUAAAGCAGUCUAAUUCAGGCAACCAAACUAGUUCAAGCAUUA